AUAUAUAUACACACAUAAUGUAAAGUCAAAGAUGUAGCUAUUAUUUCUAAAACUAAACGAAAUGAAAGUUUUGCUUUUUUACCAACCGUUUGUUAUUGAAGUAACAUCAUCUGAUGAAGGUAGUUCUUUUCUAAGUGCAGUCACCAAGAUAAAUUCAACAGUGAGAGAAAAAUGUUUAGUAUUUGUAAUUAUAAUCAUAUAGAGAAAUAAUUAUUAUAAAUUAAUUAUAGUCCAGACAAUAAUUUUUUAAACAAUUGUAUUAUAAUUUUAGUGAUAAUAAUCUUACUAUGCAUGUUACUAUUACUAUCUUCGUUUUGAAAAAAUAAAAAAUAUAGUUUAGACCCAAUUUAACCCCAACUGACUAAAAAAUGGUUGUCUUGACCAUAAUUUAUGCUAUUUCUUUAUAUGAUUAUAGUUACAAAUACCAAACAUUUUUUCUCAGUGAAAGACACUUUAAUGUUUUAACUGUCAACAUAGUAGCCCAUGACACUUUUAACUUUUCACACCCUGUAUAUAUAUUAGACUGAAAGAAAAAUAUUUAAAAAUUUAUUCGUGUAGGACAAAAGUUUAUUUCGCAGAAAGAUACACUUUUAUCCUACAAAUAAAUUUCCAAAUAUUUUUUCUGCAAUUCUACUUGCAAAGCUCGUAAAAUUAUCAUCUAUAUAGCUGCUGUUGCCAUCUUGUUCUCAGAGUACAGCUCGAUCAAAUUCGCGCUGAAAGGGGUUUCAACUAAAUACCAAAUUUCAGAUCUCGCCUAAGGAAUUCCUUGUGUGAAAGGAAAUGCGAUCGCGUUCCUACGAUCACGUGAACACCUUUGCAUAUUCGAAAAUGCACACAAACGACUAUCAGAGGCACCGCAUACAUUUGAAUAAGACGAUGUCGUGAAUUUUCAUUCCGCUAGGAAAAUGCAUUCAGUUACGUAAAGUCACGGCUUGGCGGCACAGCCGGUGCGGUUUUAAGUUCGAUUUGGAGGAACGUCAUGCUGUGGCACGUCAGCAUAUGAGCAGGUCCACGUGACACACGCUCGGCGUGCUCGAAUUCUCGCCAUUCCGCGAUCGCGCUUCAGUUUCGACGGCGUCGGCGGUAGAAAGUUGCGUUUCGCGAGAUGCCCGCUCCUCGUUCGCGCACGUUCCAAUCGUCUCUGUCUCUUUCUCUCUCUCUCUCUCUCUCUCUCUCUCUCUCUCUCUCUCUCUCUCUCUCUUUUUCUCUCUUUUACGUGUCGUCACUUUGACGAAAGGCUCGCACUACUAAUUCGACCGAUGUAGCGGGGCAAAGCGCGGCGCGGCGGAUGGGUGCUCCCGCGCGCUAAUUGCACGGCGCUAAUUGACGCUCAAAUUGCCGGCUGGCAGUGACAUGGUGGUCGGCUCGUGGUGUCGAGAUAGUGGCGUCGCGCACUUAUAAUCGCCGAGUACUCGUGGAAAAUGUUUCCACGAGGGCAGGACAUUCCGGUUGCUCGGCGCGUCUUUAACGUCACCGAAUCACCGUGACCGUAAAUUUUCGACAAUUAGCGCGCGCACUCGAGAGGCGCACAGCCGCGGGAUUAUUCUUCGCGUGAAAUUGCGCGUCGCACGCCCGCAGCUUCGUUCUUAAAUCUUAUCGACUUCUGUUUGCCGGCGGACGAUGCAACUAAGAAUAGUCGCGUCGGCCGUAGGCGAGCGAACCACGUCGUAGAGCCAGCAGGAAGCUAGAAAAAGCUAGGAAACUCAGCGGGUUAUUAGUUAUCGUUUCGAGGAAAGCCGAGUGGAGUUGAGAUCGGGCCACGAAAGACAUGUAUGUCGGUGAACGGCGCAUUGGCUCUGUUUGCGCUCGUUAAUCAGUUCAAUUGAAUAACGUAUUAAUAUAUCGGGGUCAUCGCGAGGGGUUAAUCGCAAUGUCCACGCCGGACACGAUGGAUACUAUUGACGAAGCGGAGCAAGCAUGGCAUGAGAUGCUGGAGUGCGAGACCGGGUCCCUUUUGGGCAGAGUGGCGGACCUCGAGAGACAAUCGCUGGCGCAGAGGGAUGAAAUAGUUUGUCUUCGCGCCACUCUGGCGGACGCGCUAAGGCGGAUCGCCCAGCUCGAGGGUAGAGAGAAGCGAGAGGAGGAAAGGAACGAGAGGAGAAACGAGAGGAUGGUGUCCUCGCCCUUAAGGAACGGCCAUGUACCUCUCAGGAGUAGUCAAAAUUCGGUGCCACAAAAGGACUUGAGGCUGCGCCAGACAGGUGGCCUCAGAAAUUCCUCUUCUUCGGGAUCGUCGCAGGACGUCCGAGAUGCAACUUCCAGUCCGAGGCGGCCUGUCAGUUAUGUGCAUCCCUCCCAACUACCCCAAAGAAGAUCUGUCCACUAUCAAUCAACAGGAUCUUUACAUUCGGAUAGUCCGAGUAGUAGUAGCGUCUCUCCGGUGCCAUCGCCAAGCCCAAGAGCUACACCACUGCCUGUAGCCAGAUCGCCCACGGCAAGAUCAAACGGACCGCCGCAGAGCAGCCUGAGGAGAGCCAAGAGAUGGUCGUCCACCGGCGAUUUUACACACUCGCCGCAAAACCAGGGAAGCAAUUCCCAGCUCGUCGGUACCAGAUUGUCCGCGUCCACCAAGUCCCUGUUCAACCUGUUCAAGCCACCGGCGAUGAACAACGUCAAGCACGGCACCAGAGACAUGCAGUACAACGAGGAGGAAGGCACCGUCCGCAUGUACCUGCGCGGCCGACCGGUCGUCCUUUACGUACCCACGCCUAUGAUGGAAUCCUACGAUCUUCAUAAAGUCAGCACGCCACCACAGAGCAAAUUGAAGCUCGACUGGGUCUACGGAUACCGGGGCCGAGACUGCCGUAGUAAUUUACACCUGCUGCCGACCGGCGAGAUCGUAUACUUCGUCGCGGCUGCCGUCGUUCUGUACAACAUGGAGGAGCACAGCCAGAGGCAUUACCUGGGCCACACGGACGACGUCAAGUGCAUAGCGAUCCACCCCAACAAAUUGGUCGUCGCGACGGGACAAGUGUGUGGAACGGAUCGUCGAGAUGCUAUGCCGCACAUCAGAAUAUGGAACUCCGUAAGCCUGACGACCCUGAGCGUAAUUGGCAACGGUGAAUUCGACGGCUCUAUUUGCUGUCUGUCAUUCUCCAAAGCCGACGGCGGAAAUUAUCUGUGCGCCAUCGACGAGACCGCCGAUCACAAUAUAUCGAUUUGGGACUGGCAGAAGAGCGACCGCGGCACCAAAGUCACCGAGACGAAGUGCUCUGUCGACACGGUAGUUUGCGCCGAGUGGCAUCCGCUGGAACGGAACCAGAUCGUGUCUUGCGGCAAAGGACACGUGUCCUUCUGGUCCUUGGACAAUGGCGGUAUGCUGUACAAGCGUAUGGGCAUCUUCGAGAGCAGGGACAAGCCCAGGUAUGUCACUUGCGUCGCCUUCAAUCAAAACGGCGAUGUUCUGACUGGCGACAGCAACGGCAACAUCAUCGUUUGGGCUAGAGGUACAAAUACUAUCUCAAGAUUAGUGAGGAAUCUCCAUGAAGGAUCGAUUUUCUCUAUAUGCGUUCUGAAGAAUGGUAAUAUUAUCACGGGAGGCGGAAAGGACGGCAGGAUCUUGCACUUCGACGCGUCUUUGAAUUUAAGCGGCGAGGAAGCGCAGAUCGAGGAUCACUUUGGCGGGAUUCGAACGCUUUCGGAAGGAAGAGGUUCCCAGUUAUUGGUCGGCACGACGAGAAACUGCAUUCUCGUCGGCGACGUCGAAAUGGGUUUCAACCCGGCUAUGUUGGGCCACGCUGAGGAAGUUUGGGGACUCGCGGCCCAUCCCACUUUACCUCAAUUCGCCACCGCCGGGCACGACAGGUUAUUGCAGAUGUGGGACAGCCUGAGCCACACCGUAGUGUGGAGUAAAGACAUCGGGGAGCAAGCGCAAAGCAUUGCCUUUUCGCCGGAUGGCAACGUUAUAGUCGUUGGUUGCGUGUCCGGGAAGUGGCUUGCUAUUGAUAGCGAGACGCGAGAAUUGUACACGCACCACAGCGAUGGUUCCGAACCUCUGCAGGCCGUACAAUUCUCGCCCGAUGGUUCUCUGCUUGCACUAGGCUCUAGAGACAAUUACAUUUACAUCUACCAAGUGAACGACGACGCGACCAAAUACAGUCGAGUUGGACGGUGCAUGGGUCAUUCGAGUUUCAUAACUCAUCUGGACUGGUCCGUGGACGGUCAGUAUCUACGCAGCAACAGCGGAGACUACGAACUGCUAUACUGGAAUCCCGGUGUGUGCCGUCAGAUUCCACAGCCAUCGAUGCUGAGAAACGUCGACUGGGCAACCCACACCUGCGUGAUAUCCUUCGAGACUAUCGGCAUCUGGCCAGAAGGUGCCGACGGAACCGACGUGAAUAACUGCACGCGAAGUGGCGACGGUAAACUCUUGUCUACCGGCGACGAUUUCGGGAAAGUCAAAUUAUUCUCCCAUCCGGCGUGUCAGCCGAAGUCACUCUAUCAUUCCUACGGCGGUCACUCGAGUCACGUGACGAACGUGUCGUUCCUGCAAGACGAUUCCCGGCUGGUGUCGACCGGCGGCGCCGAUACCAGCGUUCUCCAAUGGAUAGUGAAUUGAGCGAAUCGCCCGGAACGAAUAAUUCUUCUAAGUGCACUUCAAGAUCAAGCUAAGACCAGAGACGAGAAAUCCAUCCACAUGUCGCUUGAAAUGAAAGCAAAGCAUAUUCUUCGCUGCAUCAUCUACUUAAUCAUCGCCGCUAUCGCGGUUCCUGUCUUCAGGAAGACCCAAACCAAGGACGAUCUUGAUACCUCGACUUCUUGACGCGCGUUAUCUUCGUCAUCGGCUGUGGACUCGACGCGGACGUCGCGCACGUGCGAUUUGCAUCGUCUCCCUCAUGUAUCAGUAUGUGUGAUAGCACCGACAACGUUCCCUUACAAUCGCGUCUAAUUAUGCACAGCAUCGACGGACUUCUGUCCCCGCACGACCAGCUCAUGACUACUCUAAGAGCGACUGAGUCUACUUUUGUUAAUUAUUCAAACAUUGAUUUUUGUACGCGACGCCGCCGACGAGGUAAAAACAUUACGCUGGCCUUAUGAAAUUUAGCCUAACAGGAACAUUUCGUUAUUCGACGAAAUCGGUGAAUUUUGCGCGAAAUCAGCGUAGGUGAAAACUCAGAGAUAUGCAGUUUUACAAACAUAUCUAAUGUACUUCAUUGUAGGUUUAUAUGCAUAGCAAAGCACAUAACAUCGUUGAUCGUAUAAUUGCAAUAAAUUUUAUUACACACUGAAUGUCCAGCUAUUCAUAUCGGAUAUGACUGAAUAAAGUCGACGAUAUCGUCCUCCAAUUAACUUGACAAUUACGAAAAUAUAGAGCUGAAGAUAUUUGAUAUUACCUUGUCGGCGACGACACUUUGCUGUUUUACUUCUCGUUUGUCUCUUAGUUUUAGUAGUUACAGUUCUAUACGGGGAAUCUAUUGUUCUCACUGGCAAUUUACAAUAACUAUGAGAAUCGUAAAAAUGAAAAGAUGUAAAAUAAUUUAGUUUUCCUUAUUUUUCUUUCUUUUUUUCUCUUUAAUUGGUUUCAUUUGUGUAUACGCGAAGCUUUAUGAGUAGUCCUUAAAUGUUUCCAAUACGUAAAUAAAUGUCACCCUCCCUCUUCAUUUCCGUGAAUGUGUACGUGCACGCGCGUACAUAAUUUGUCGUGUAUCAAUCAGAUAUACUGUGCGACUUGAGAGAAAUGUACACUCCAUAACGUUGUUCACAACGUUGUUCAUAACGUUGGCGAAGAUAUUCCUGCAUCGCAUUAUCAGUGUUUCGAUAGCUCGACAAGUCGCUUUCUUGUACUUCGCGGCAACGCGAUCGUGCGCGUUGCGAUUAUUUAUUUUUUUUCAUACCUGAUAACAUAAUAACGAAAACUUUUGAAGCGAUUAAUUUAAGAACUUUAUGAUUAAAGAAAAAUUAUACCGAAAUAAACACAUAUAUACGUAUAUAUAAUUUUGUUAUAUAUAUAUAUGUUACUGCAUAACAAUACACACAUCAGUAGUGAAACAUGUGAUUGAAUGAUUAGAAAUUACGAUAUCCUGACAGGAGUAAAAAUGAGAUAAAAUU